AUGGUUCUCUCUAAGCCUGAAGAUGCCCCGGUGCAGACGCUCUUUGACCUUACAGGAAAAGUCGUUGCCAUAACCGGCGGAGGUCGAGGAAUUGGUCUAGCUGUUGCUACUGCAUACGCCGAGGCUGGAGCCAAAAUUGCUCUUCUUUAUCGCACGACGACAACCGCGCCAAAAACUGCAAAAGAACUUUCUUCUAGGUAUCAAACUGAAGCUCACGCUUACAAAGCCGAUGUCACUGCCCCCGAGGAAAUAUCUGCGGCGAUAGAUCAGAUCGUGCAGGACUUUGGAAGGUUGGAUGUUAUUCUUGCCAACGCUGGUAUUUGCUCCGAGCAUGCGGCCGAAGACUAUACACCCGAGGAAUUCCAGGAGAUCAUGAACGUGAAUGUCAACGGUGCAUUUUAUACCGCACAGGCCGCUUCGAGAAUUUUCAAGAAGCAAGGUUUCGGAAAUGUGGUUUUCACAGCAUCUGUCAGCGCGACACUCGUGAAUACACCCCAACGUCAGGUCGCGUACAAUGCCUCCAAGGCUGCCGUCUUACAACUUGCCAAGUCGCUCGCUGUGGAAUGGGUAGACUUCUGUCGAGUCAACUGCGUUUCACCUGGCUAUACACAGACUCAGAUUAUGGAAUAUGCUUCCAAGGAUAUGCUCUCUAAGUGGCUCGGUCAAAUCCCCGCCCGUCGAUUUGCUUCUCCCUACGAACUUAAAGGGGCCUACCUUUUCUGCGCUUCUGAUGCUUCGAGUUACAUGACAGGCUCGAAUUUGGUGAUUGAUGGAGGAUUCACCCUGCCAUAA